AUGAGUCAAAGACUCAAAGUUCAGCUUCCUCAAGACUCUGUCUCUUCUUCAAAUGAUAGUAUAUCACAAGAUCUUGUACAGUCAAAUAAGCUAACAAAAACAAAGAGAUCUAAAUCUGAUCAAAUAUCUAACUUAUCUGUUAUUGCCAAAGAUCCAAUGGAAAAAAUAGAUAGAAAGCUCUUAUAUUCUACAGAUAUACUAGUCUCUUUUAAACGUGCAGUAGAAGAAG